GCUUAAUGUUAAAGGCAAAACUGCCCUGAGGGCAGGCCCUCUUCUUGGCUUCCAGCUCUCAGGCACCAGCUACAAAUCUGUCUUCUUGCCUCAUUUACCACAUGCUUUAUCUUCAAUUGCAGUCCCCUGGGAUUGACCAACAUGAAUUCCACAAACAAAACCACUUUAUGUUUGCCCACCCGCUGCUUCACUUUCUAAACACCUUCACUUUCUGAAUACUGGCAGAUCACUGCCACCAGCUGACUGCCUGAAACAAGAGAAAACAUCCAUUACGUGGGUUUUGUGUGCACUGCAGUGCUGGAAAGGAAGUAUCUGGCCAUGUGAGAAGGGCAAAUGUUUACUUGGUGGGACGUAUCUCAGCAACCCAAACAUUCUGCAUAUGUAUUGUUAACGUGCCUAGCAGAGAGGAAAGCUGACAGAGGGCCUCAGUCAAACAAGAACCUCAGUGGUUGCCCAUGGUGCAAGCAACAAAUGAUCAGUCACCACUGUGCUCUUGGUUCAAGCAGUUUCUGGUGGGAGAAUGAACGUAGCCUUGUCCUUCAGAUGCACCUCUAUGGGUCCUGACUUACACUGGAGAUAUCUCACAGAACACGAUCCAAAGUACAAAGGGAAGAAGAAACUGAAGAUUUCAGGCAGAGAUUUGGCAUCAGUCCCUGCACAGGUCUUUGGCUUGGACGAGCUGCAGGCCCUGGAGAUGAGCCCAGAACGAGAGAGCUGCCUGAGGUACCGCAUGGAGCUGCUGCCCCGCGAGAUCAGCCGCUUGAAGAACCUAACCCUCCUCUACAUGGACUCCAAUAACCUGAAGAAAAUCCCUGCCGAAAUCGGCACCUUGAGGCACUUGGAGAGGCUGACGCUGAGCAACAACCACCUGAGCUCCCUGCCCCCAGAGAUGGGAGCCUUGCAGCGGCUGCACAGCCUCCACCUGGCCAACAACAACCUCACCCACCUGCCGGCAGCCCUCUGCCAGCUGAGCAGCCUCACCUUCCUGGACCUGAGCGACAACAAAAUACGCACCAUACCCUCCAGCAUCCGGCAGCUGGAGAAACUGGAAACAUUGCUUCUGCUCUUCAAUUCACUGGAAAACCUGCCUGAGGAUGUCUGUCUUUUAAGGAAUCUACGCACGCUUUGGCUGGGAAACAACCAUCUGCGAUCCCUUCCACCACGAUUUGGGGAGCUGGUCAACCUGGACUGGGGGUACAAUUACUGUUCCUGCAAUUUUGAAGGGAAUCCACUAGAAAUUCCUCCCCCUGAAGUCUGUAGCAGAGGUUCCGAGGAGAUCAGAGACUAUUUCUUGUCUUUUCAUAGAGUACUGGCAGAAUAGAUGACUGGGGUCAGCCUUUCAGCUGACUGACAUGGGUUUAUGCUGUGCAAAUCAUCUGCACAAGCAAAAUGUGUUUCAGAUGGAAAAAUGUGGUGAAAUCACUCUGUGAAGCUCAAAAGCUUCCUCUCUGCUAUAAGGUGAUUUUUCUGACAGUCUUUUUUUGACACUAGUAUUGAGUGAUGGUGUAUAUCUUUCAGCAAUUGUUUCAAGGACAGCUAUAAUCAUUUCAUUAUUUAUGGCUGUAUAAAUCUAUCUCAUGAAAUGUUGCAGCCAAAUGUUCAGUCAGAGAAAAUGAACAGUAUCAAGUCGGGGAAGAUAGAGUCAGGUAAACACUUUGUGGUCUGUAAAUAGGAAAAACAUGUUUGCACACCGAGUCAGUGCUUGAGUCUGGGCUUGAACAAGUGUAGGGUGAGAUUUAUGCCAGUGUUUAAUGCUAUUCAGACUUGUGGAUUUAGAUUUGCUUCACAUAGCUCAGAAUUUCUUUACUUUUCAUGGUACUUCAGUGUUUUGCACUUGUAGAAUCACCUCAGGCUUCUGGAUAGAAGCAACAUAUGUCCAGGUUGCAGAAAGUAAUAUGUAAGUGAUGUCUCCACUGCUUUGGCAGAACAUAAUGUGUAUCUUAUCAUGCUUCUCUUGAGCAGCAGCUUUGGUAUGGAACUGUGGCUCUCCUGUGAAGCAGCACAUAGCUGGGGCUUGGGUGUCAAUCCCUGUGGAGUUACACAGAACAAUAAGCCUCAGUAAUACUGCUGCAUGGAAUGUGGGUAGCCCACCUUUAUUGCAUGCAGUCCCAACAGAAGGUUUCCACCUCUACCACGUCUGGAAAAGUGUUCAGAGAUAUUAAAAUAUAAGUAUGCAAACUUCCUGCAAGAGAAUAUUUCUGAGCAUUCUUGUUUACAGUCAUAAAAGGCUUCAUCAGUGUUGUAUUAUGGAAAUUUGCUGAGACUCCCUUCCUUUCAUUUUACUUUCUCUUCCCUUAGUUUCUCAUCAGCAUUGUCUCCCCACCUACCCUUUGCUCUUGUUGGGUGUUUUCUAUCUCACUGUUGCCUCUGCCCUUAUCUUCCUUUUUCAUUAUUGCCUCCACAAAAGCAUCUCAUUCCCUUAUAAAUGCCUUUAUUUGCUCUUUUUCUCUUUUGUCUUUUAUUUUUUAUUUGGCCAGUGUGCAGAAAGCUACAACUUCGUGUCUUUCCAGGAAAGAAGAAGGGUGGAGUUGGGCUUGCUGGGAUCUGAACAUGGACUUCCAGGGUUUGUGGAGAGAGGGACUGUUGGUGUGUGAGACACUGAUAUAUAGACCAUUAAGUGUGUUGUUCAGGCAUUUUCUUCCCCUUGAUCAGCAAGAGAACAUGGGACCAGAACAGAUGCUGAAAUUGUACCGAGUAACAAAACACAACGGCAGAUAUUCUUGGCAUGGACUGAUUUGUACAGUGCUCUCACAUUGGGUCUGGCCCUGACCUCUGUGCUGUGAAGCUUUCAAGCCAGAAUCACCCUUUCAUGAUUUAAUAACCAGAUUUGAUAUAGGUGUAGUAUAUCACAUUGCAGUAUAUUAAUGCAUGCUAAUGAUGGGCAUGCAAUAGUGCCACAGCAGCUUCUUUCUUUGUUUUCCUGCAGGCAAUUAUUUUUAAAAGGCUUGAAGGUGAGUUAUGUGGCACAGGAAAGAAAAGAUUAAAGAGAUUAUAUUGUCUUGCUUGCUUGGGGUCUUCUGUGGCAGCAUGAAGAAUCAGAAACUUUUUUACUUCUCAAAGGAGAUUUGCAGCAUGAUAGGAGACUGUACGUGAAGAAGCUCCUAAAGCUGGUCUUAGAUAAAAUGGAGGGUGAAUCAAGGUGGCAAUACUAAAGGCACUAAAGGACUUGGGUUUUGUUUCUAUCAUUGAUUCAUUACAGGGAGUUGAGCAGGUAUUCUCAAGGUCUGCUGUUGUAUUUGCCUGUUCUGGGACAAAUGUGGGACUGAAAUUCCGUAAAUGUGAUCUUUUCUUGAGACUUAAAUCUUACACACUGAAUCCUGCCAGGGCAACAUCUUUAGCCAUGUGGAAAGAGGGACACUUUCUCAUAUCCUCUUUCAAACCAUUUAUAUCCUAUCUUGCUGUCUCUCUUCUGGACUGCACAAGGUUUGGUUUUGAAGAUCUAUUUCCUUUCCCUUCCGCUUCCUGGUCAGCCAUUCCCAAAUGGAAGCAGACUUCAGCUUGCUUGGGGAAUCUGUAGCAUCUCACAACUUUAAUUUUUGUUUUUGGUGAACAACAUUUCAAAUAGAGUCAUAGAAUCAUAGAAUCAUCAAGGCUGUGAAAGACCUCCAAGAUCAUCCAGUCCAACCAGUGUCUGAAGAUCCUUCAAGUUUCACACUGAGGAGUCGAGCUCAUUCCAAAGCCAGUCAGAGUUUACUUUAUCUAGUCCUUUUCCUCAAAAAACACAGUGAAUUCUAAAGCAUGAUUACAUCCAUUAACCAUACAACUGUUCCUCCUGGUAAUAAAUUGAGACAAAAAGAGGUUUAAGGCCUAUGAGAAAAUGGAAUCUUUAACAAAUAGUGUCAGUACCUUUACUAUAGUUCUUCAGUCUGUAAGGAUCAAGAGAAACUUCAUGAGAUCAAUGCAAGUGAACUGCUUGGAUAGACUGAAUGUCAUGCAGCAAGAAGAAAUUCUCCCUCUGUAUCAUGCUGUCUGAUGCCUCUUCACCUCCCUUUGUGUCCUGGUGGCUUUCAAAAUCUAAUUUCCCAAAAUGGAAACCUCAGUAGUGUGUAAGUAUUGUAGUAUUCCAGCAUCUGUGUUAGUGGCUUAGUUGCACAGAGCAAUAACUAGAUCUUGGUGUUGUCAUUAAGAUGGUAUUAAAAUCUAAUCUCAAACUGCUUAUCCUUUAUUUGUUGUACUAUCUGUAUUGUUGCUAAGCACUCUCAUUUUCUUCUACUCAUUAAAACCUCAAGUGUUAAUAUCAGUGAAGAGCAAACUGCUUGGAUAUGAGCCCCCAGUGGAAACGCUUAGAUGUAUGUCUGGACCCCCCAUAGUUUGUGGGGGAGCAUUUGUUGAAGCUGACAUUCUGUAUUGAUGGGAGUUGUACGUUUACUUCCCUUCAUUCCAUACAUACUGCAAACAGGCUGGCAUUGGAGAGCAUUGUACCCUGGAAUUGCAUAGACUCUUCUUUGCAACAGAACAGUAAUGACAUAUAAAAGCAGUGAGUGAAAAAGGCUCCAAAUAGAAUUUCAGAAUAAUAAUACAUGUAAGGGCAGAGAACUCUUUAAUUUAACAUACAAAUAUAUGAUGGUCACAGACUAGUACUUCAGACUACAGAUAAACUGCAUAUUUUUAAUGCUGAAGAGUUCACCUGAGAAUAUGACAGAUUUUCCACCAACUGAAGUCUGUAAAACCCCCAGUCUAUCUCAUCCAAAGGUGCGAUGGUUAUGCAAAAUGACCUUAUGCAAAAUGACCUGUUACGCAAAAUGAAGCUUACAAAGACUUUUUCUCCCUUUGAAAGUACAUGGCUACAAUCUAUAGCUGCUGCAAAUCUAAAAUAAUAAAUCUUGUGCCUCAGCAUGAACUUCAGCUUCUCGGUUUUCAAGGGAUAAGAGCAAUGCUGGAAAAACUGAAGGUCACUAAUCCAGGAGAACUGAACAAAGGGCUCUUGUAUUUGGUGCUGAUGUCAUUGUGGUAGUAAUAAAAACCAGCAAAAGUGGUA